CUUUCCAAUACCUACCACACCGUCAAUAAGGCAACAAUGACAUUAGUAUUGCCAGUAUUUAUAGCCACGUGUAGGCGUUCUACUAUAAAAGCCCAACACAUCCCUGUAUUCCCAAACAAAACAGAAUCAACAGACGCAAACCAUGGACUUCUCUGACCUUUCUGAUUUUAUCGAACCAUUUAAAAUACAUAUCGUAGAAAACAUAAAGAUCAAUACUCGUAACGACAGAUUGACUGCCCUCGAGAAAACUGAUUACAACGUCUUUAAAAUACAUCCUGAAGAUGUUAUGAUUGAUUUCCUCACAGACGCUGGUACUAAUGGUUUGAGUCUUAAACAAAAUUCAAGAUUAUGGAUGGGUGAUGAAAGCUAUGCUGGAUCAAGUAGUUUCGAAAUUUUGAAGGACAACGCCACCUACAUUUCUGGUUUUGAAAAUAUAUUACCUGUUUUUUCUAAACGUACUAGCGAAGAGAUAGUCUCUUCUUAUCUCGCAAAAGCUGGAGACAGAGUCAUUGGAAAUACGUUUACUUACACUCUUGAAAAUCAUCUAAAGCAUAUUAAGGCGGAACCGAUUUCUAUGGUGGAUUGGUCAGAUGAGAAUUUCGGAGGAAAUUUAGAUAUUAAAGCAUUCAGAAAUAUCCUGAAACAAAAUGAUAAAGAAAAAAUUUCUUUCGUUAUCAUGAAUGUGCCAUCAAAGAAUCUUGGUGGCCAGCCGGUUAGUAUGUCCAACAUGAAAGCAGUUUCCGAUCUCUGUCGAGAACAUUCGAUUCCCGUCUAUAUCGAAAGCAGCAUGUAUGGUGAGAAUUGCUGGCGCACAAAGAUGUACGAAGAAAACUAUUUUAAUAAAUCAUUGGUUGAAAUAUCUCAGGAAAUGUUCUCAUAUUUCGAUGGCUGCAUCCUUUCUGCUAAAAGAGACGGAAGAAGUGAGAUAGGGAGCGUCAUUUGCCUUCGAGACGAUGAAAUGACUCGAGAACUGGGCAAUGUUAUAACCUUUAAAGCAGGUUUCAUCACUUACGGUGGAAUGGCUGGCCGAGACAUGGAAAUAGUAGCAGAAGGCAUGCGCAGUGCAUUGGAUGAACAGCUCCAAGAUUAUAGAGAAAAACAAUUAGCAUAUUUCAAAAAAUCCUUGAAGGAAUUUGGAGUCCCAAUUGUAGAACCUAUUGGUUGUAACACCAUCUUCAUUGACGCCGAAAAAGCUUUUCCACAACUUAGUCGAAAGUUUUAUCCUGCCUGGUCUUUAGCUUGUGCUGCAUAUAUAAUCGGGGGUAUUCGAUGCGCAGAGUUUGGUCAAAUUACACAUGCAACCCAAAGCUUACCCGAUGACCAUCCACUAAAAGGCCGAGAACUGAUCAAACUUGAGGUGCCUCGUUUUAUAUAUACGACAUGUCAUUUUCUUUAUGUCGCCUACGUUUUCUCGCAGCUGAUUUCACAUAAAAUUAUUUCUGGAAUGAAAAUUGUUGAUUCCCCUGAAUGUAAAAUAAAACAUAUUAAAACAUCGAUGGUACCACUCAGUUCGAUGGACUAUGGAGAUGUCCAUCUUCUACCAGUGCAAAAUUCUGAUCACAUCCACUUCUUUAAAAACAUGUAGCAGACCAGUAUUAACCACUCAACGCCUGCUUAGGAAUACCAACCUCUCAUUUGAAUUACACUCCUCUUAAAAUGGAUGAGAUAAUCCGAUAAUGUAGUCUCGAAUGCCUUAAAAAGAACAGAUAAUAUGCAGUUAGUCCCAGUUCAAUUAAGGCUAAUCUAGGAUAUAUAUAUAUAU